AUGUUCUUCCGAUUCUUGGUGCUUUUCUUCACGCUUGCCACGAUUGCUCUAACACCUUGGGCAAUUGUGGGCUCUUACAAGGCAGAAAACUACCUCACCAGCAACUACUUGAUUGGCGUCCAAGUGACCAACCUCAAUGUCGGCAAACUUUUCGCCGGUGCCAACCAAAAGAGAAAUGUACCUGUGCAGCCGUUUAUUACAGAGACUCCAACUCCAACCACAGACGAAGCGUACGUGACUGCUGUUGCCCGAAGAGACGUGUUGUCUGACAUCGAGUCUGUGGCUGAUGGCUUCGGCAACGGCGUUAGCUCUUUUUUCGGAGGUGCCAACAUCAACAGUUUGACUUCUCAGUUUGCCACAGCUGCCAACAGCAUCCAAACCGGCGACAUCGCCAGUAAGGUUUCCGAGUUGGUUGCCACGGCGUCGAUCCCGCUGUCGUUGGCUACGUUGGCCGAAGGCCUUGCUGAUAGCCUCAACCUUGAAAACCUUGUCAAUGGCUUGAAUUAUACCGACUUGGGACUUGCGGACUACUACAGUGUUGGAUACUGGGGUUAUUGCAGGGGGUACAUGCGUGAAGUGAACAGCUCAGAUGCUCUCAUUGACCGUUUGGGCAACUUUGGCGAGAAUUUUAAUAAAGAUAACGUGCACUUUGUGUGGUGCAGCGAUCCUGUUCCUGGCUUUAAAUUUGAUCCUUUGGAUAUUGUUAAACGUGAAAUGACCAACGCCAUCAGAGAAGAUGUCGAUGGUCUCGACGUUCUCCCCUCAAGCUUGUCUGAUACCAUCAAGGCGCAGCUUGUUGCAAUUGUGGCAUCUGUUACUUACGAGGAUCUCAAUCUCCCGGGCAGUUUGAAGGACGACUUGACGUUGCUUAACAAUCUCACCAAAGCUGCGCUUGCAAUGUUGCUUGCAGGCGUUUGUUUAGCGUUCAUUUCAUUCAUCUUCCAAUUCGCAGGCUUGUGCUGCUCUCCACACAACAGCUGUCUAUCGUGCCUCAAUUACUUUUUAAUGGUGCUCUUUUUCCUCUGCAUUCUUUUGGGUGCUGGGUUGAGCACCGGCGCCUAUGUGUUUGUCAGAAAAGAAGUCAACAAAGAAAUUGACCAGUACGGCUUGAAGUCGUUCUUGUCUGUCCAGUACUACGCAUUUGCAUGGUCAGCAAUGGUGGCGGCGUUCCUUGUUGUUGUGCUUGCUGCCAUUGGCUACUGCUGUGGUUGUUUUGCUGGCGAGAGACGCUACAGAAGGGUUCAGGAGCCUCCCAUGGCGUAUGACCACAAAGGUUACCACUAG